GUGGGGCGAGCGAGACGCUCUCCAAGUUGGGCGCGUCCCAGAGCUCGCCGCCCCUCGCCGCGGCCGCGGGUGUCCGGAGAGAGGCGGGGCUGAUGGGGAGCGCUGAGGCUGCUGUCACCUGCGGAAAGAACCCGUCUUAAAGAACCCUGGCCAGCAUCCCCAGGGUCCCAGCUGAAGUCGCGCCCUCGGCCCGCGUGCGCUCUCUGAUGCCUGUGCCGGCGGCGGCCCGGGUGGCCCGCCCGCGGGGGGUGCCCGAGGGGGCGGGGGAGGAGGAGGAGGCAGUGUGAUGGCCCUGGACGGCGAGCGGGGGGAGCAAGAGGAGGAGAAGAAAAAGAAGAAGAAGAAAAAGAAGAGGAGGAAGAAGAAGAAGGAGGAGGAGGAGGGGGCUGAGAAGAGCAGCUCACCCUUCUCGGCCACGAUGGGGGAGAACGACGCCGCGCUCCGGACCGGCGGCAGGGGGCUCUCGGACCCGUGGGCGGAUUCCGUGGGUGUGCGACCCCGCACCACCGAGCGCCACAUCACUGUGCACAAGCGGCUCGUGUUGGCCUUCGCUGUGUCCAUCGUGGCGUUGCUCGCGGUCACCAUGCUCGCGGUGCUGCUCAGCUUGCGCUUCGACGAGUGUGGGGCAAGCGCAGCGCCGGGCGCCGACGGCGGCCCCGCCGGCUUCCCAGCGCGCGGCGGUAACGGGAGCCUUCCGGGUUCCGCCCCGCGGAACCACCACGCUGGCGGCGACUCCUUGCAGCCCGAGGCAGGCGGGGAGGCCACCCCUGGGACCCCGUCCGCCCAGCCGCCGUCGGAGGAGGAGCGGGAGCAGCGGCAGCCGUGGACCCGGCUGCGCCUGUCGGGCUACCUCAAGCCGCUGCACUACAAUCUGAUGCUCACCGCCUUCAUGGAAAACUUCACCUUCUCCGGGGAGGUCAACGUGGAGAUCGCGUGCCGGAACGCCACCCGCUACGUCGUGCUGCACGCCUCCCGGGUAGCGGUCGAGAAGGUGCAAGUGGCCGAGGACCGGGUGGCCGGGGCUGUCCCGGUGGCCGGCUUUUUCCUCUACCCGCAAACCCAGGUUUUGGUGGUGGUGCUGAAUAGGACCUUGGACGCGCAGAGGAAUUACAACCUGAAGAUCAUCUACAACGCCCUGAUCGAGAACGAGCUCUUGGGCUUCUUCCGCAGCUCUUACGUGCUUCACGGGGAGAGAAGAUUCCUUGGUGUUACUCAGUUUUCACCUACACAUGCCAGGAAGGCAUUUCCUUGUUUUGAUGAGCCAAUCUACAAGGCUACUUUCAAAAUCAGCAUCAAGCAUCAAGCAACCUAUUUAUCUCUAUCCAAUAUGCCAGUGGAAACUUCGGUGUUUGAGGAAGAUGGAUGGGUUACGGAUCACUUUUCACAGACCCCUCUCAUGUCCACAUAUUAUUUAGCCUGGGCAAUUUGCAACUUCACAUACAGAGAAACUACCACCAAGAGUGGGGUUGUAGUACGAUUAUAUGCAAGACCUGAUGCCAUCAGAAGAGGAUCCGGGGACUAUGCUCUCCAUAUAACGAAGAGAUUAAUAGAAUUUUAUGAAGACUACUUUAAAGUACCCUAUUCCUUGCCAAAACUAGAUCUCUUAGCUGUGCCUAAGCAUCCGUAUGCUGCUAUGGAGAAUUGGGGACUCAGUAUUUUUGUGGAACAAAGAAUACUGCUGGAUCCCAGUGCUUCAUCUAUUUCUUAUUUGCUGGAUGUCACCAUGGUCAUUGUUCAUGAGAUAUGUCACCAGUGGUUUGGUGACCUUGUGACUCCUGUGUGGUGGGAAGACGUAUGGCUGAAAGAAGGUUUUGCUCACUACUUUGAGUUUGUUGGUACAGACUACCUCUAUCCUGGCUGGAACAUGGAGAAACAGAGGUUUCUGACAGAUGUUCUGCACGAAGUGAUGCUGCUUGACGGCGUGGCCAGUUCCCAUCCUGUGUCACAGGAAGUGCGACAGGCAACGGAUAUUGACAGAGUGUUUGACUGGAUCGCGUAUAAAAAGGGUGCUGCUUUAAUUAGAAUGCUGGCUAAUUUUAUGGGCCAUUCAGUAUUUCAGAGGGGUUUGCAAGAUUACUUAACCAUUCAUAAGUAUGGCAAUGCAGCCAGAAAUGAUCUCUGGAAUACACUAUCAGAGGCUUUAAAAAGGAAUGGAAAAUAUGUAAACAUACAAGAAGUAAUGGAUCAGUGGACACUGCAGAUGGGUUAUCCUGUUAUCACCAUCUUGGGAAAUGCAACAGCAGAAAAUAAAAUAAUUAUUACCCAACAACAUUUUAUUUAUGACAUCAGUGCUAAAACUAAAGCACUUCAACUUCAAAACAGCAGUUACCUGUGGCAGAUUCCUUUAACUAUUAUGGUAGGAAAUAGAAGCCAUGUGUCUUCAGAAGCAAUUAUUUGGGUGUCUAACAAAUCAGAACACCACAGAAUAACUUCUUUGGACAAAGGAAGCUGGUUGCUGGGGAACAUCAAUCAAACUGGCUAUUUUAGAGUCAACUAUGAUUUAAGGAAUUGGAGAUUAUUAAUUGAUCAAUUAAUCAGGAACCAUGAGGUUCUCUCCGUCAGUAACAGAGCGGGUUUGAUCGACGAUGCUUUCAGCCUCUCCAGAGCUGGCUAUUUGCCUCAGAAUAUUCCUCUGGAGAUUAUCAGAUACCUGUCUGAGGAAAAGGAUUUUCUUCCUUGGCACGCUGCCAGCCGAGCCCUUUAUCCUCUAGAUAAAUUACUGGACCGAAUGGAAAAAUACAACGUCUUCAAUGAAUAUAUUUUAAAGCAAGUCGCAACAACGUACAUCAAGCUUGGAUGGCCAAAAAACAAUUUUAAUGGAUCUCUUGUUCAAGCAUCCUACCAACAUGAGGAACUGCGCAGAGAAGUGAUAAUGCUGGCGUGCAGUUUUGGCAACAAGCAUUGUCACCAACAGGCAUCCACGCUUAUUUCAGAUUGGAUUUCCAGCAACAGGAACAGAAUACCACUGAAUGUCAGAGACAUCGUCUAUUGUACAGGAGUUUCACUGUUAGAUGAAGAUGUCUGGGAAUUCAUAUGGAUGAAAUUCCACUCCACCACAGCAGUUUCUGAGAAGAAGAUAUUGUUGGAAGCCUUAACUUGCAGUGAUGACAGGAAUUUGUUAAAUAGGCUUCUGAAUCUGUCGCUGAAUUCUGAGGUGGUGCUGGAUCAAGAUGCAAUUGAUGUGAUAAUCCAUGUAGCUCGAAAUCCACAUGGCCGAGACCUUGCCUGGAAGUUUUUCAGAGAUAAAUGGAAGAUAUUAAAUACCAGGUAUGGAGAGGCAUUAUUUAUGAAUUCCAAACUUAUCAGUGGAGUUACAGAAUUUCUUAAUACUGAAGGUGAACUCAAAGAGCUAAAGAACUUCAUGAAGAGCUAUGAUGGAGUAGCUGCUGCCUCUUUCUCAAGAGCCAUGGAAACUGUUGAAGCCAAUGUGCGUUGGAAAAUGCUUUACCAGGAGGAGCUUUUCCAAUGGUUAGGAAAAGCUCUGAGACAUUGAUACGUGUCUCAUAAACAAUUUAGCUCAGAAUUUUGUGAGACCUGCUUUAUGUGGAAUGAGGAAACUGUGCUAUGUGCAAAAUGGCCAGAUUUUCAGUGUUAACGUGUGGGAGGAAAUUUUUUUUUUAAAUUUUUGGUUUGGGGAGAAUUAUUUAUUUGUUUCAUUCAUUCUGUUUUGUUUCUCUGCUGAGUGUUCUCUAAAGAAACUCUUGCAAGUGAAACUAGCCAUGAUUGCUGCAGCUGUACAUUCCUUGCUGUACAGGACCAAAUAUGAUAGUGGUGCAUGCUGUUGCAGUCAGUUUGGAAAAACAUACCCAGAAUAUUUUGUGCAUGGUUGUGUGGUCAUGCCUGUGUUCCAGCAUGCUUAUUUAAAGUGUCCAGUGUUGUAUGUGAAUAUAUGUUACCUCUAGGAUGGGCAUUAUGCAAAAGCACAAAGAUUAUCUAUGACAAUCAGUGUUGCAGUGAAAGAAAAACUUAAAAGGGGAAGCAUAUUCUUAGUCUUGGGCAAUGUGAGAGGUAAAAUAGACCUUCAAGUGAUCACUGUCACUUAUUUCAGCACUUGGAUUAUCUUGUGAUGAUAACUGUGUUGCUAACUCAUUUUCUUUGAGUUAAAGCUGUGUAUACGUUUAAAAAGGCAUAUAGAGAGUGUAUUCAUAUGUUUAUGUACAUAGGGAAGCCCUAUAUGUAUAUAGUAUGUUGUACACUGUACUUGCGCAAAGAAUCUCUUCAGAUCAAGAAAAACUUAUCUCUUUCUAUAAAUUUCUGCAGAUUUUGAAAAGGCUUAAGAUAAUUUAUCUCAAUAUUAUUCUUCCUGACAAUUUCCUAAGUUUCUCAACUGUUACGGAUUUUUUUUUCAUCUACUUCCUGAACAAUGGUCUAUUCUACUACAUAAAAAUGAUUUCAAACAAAAUUUAUGUAUAAAAACUCUUCUAAUUUUCCUAAGUUGUAGCCUAGCAUCCUCAAUAUAGAUUCUGUCAUCAUUUUGACCAAACUUCCUAUUGCAGGAAACAGUUGUGUGCACUUAAUAAUUAUCAAUGCUGAGAAAGCAUUUAUUUUCCAUCUUGUUCAUUUUUUCCAUCUCAUGAUAGGUAUCAAGAGAGUUAAAAACUGUGUGUUCGUCUUUGUGUCUGUGUGAGUCUAAUCCCUCAUUCAGCAUCCACACCUCAUGUGGGUCUAGUAACAUUUAAUGACCUUUGAUGUCGACUGUACCAUCCAUUGAAAUGAAAAGUUACUUUUCUAGAGCAAAGCUCUUCCUUUGGCUUUGACUUCUCUGUUUUACCUGGGCAUUUUGUAUAGCCCUUUUCAUGGCAGUACGUUAUGUAACGUAAGUGCUUCUAAAUGGUAUUCUCACCCAGUUGGCUGGCUCUCCAACCAUUGCUUAGAUGCUCCAAAAUGAACAUAUUUUAUGUUUACCAGUAUAAAAUACCAAUACAAUGACUACAUAAGCCAAAUGUUUGUGGACCACUUACUGUUUUCUUGAGGUUUUCCACUCCACCAACUCUUCUUGCAAAUCAUUGAAAGAAAUACAUUCUAGUAGUCAUUGAGAACCAGGAAAACAACCAGGUAUUUUAGAAACCAGUACUAUAGAUUUUUUAUAAGUUUGUAGUAAAGAGCAAUUUCCUAAUCCACAGAACAAAUAUCACCUAAAAUUGAAUUUUAUCUUUUUAGAAACUAAUAUCUAUAUUCAUACAUAAAUUUUCCAUCAUUUGAUUAAAUCAAAUGAAAUUUGAAUAAACUAUGUGGCUCUAGUAAGACGUAGUAAAACUUAGUAGAAAACCUGAAAAUCAUUGUACCUUUCAGAAGUGAUGAAAUUCAGUUAGUACACAUCACAUAUAUGAAAUCCUUAAGGGAUAAAUUCUGAAACAUAACAAUAAUAAAUAUCACACUUCUGUGCAGGUCCAAAACAUGUACUAUGUCACCACUGGAUUCAUGUGACAGAGAAGAUAAAAAAUUAGAGGUAGAUGUCUUGCUUUGUGUCGUGAAUUACUGAAAAUUCUUAGUAGUUAUGACAUUCUUUUGAGUGAAAUCAUUACUUCCAGAUUUGAGUUAGAAGGGCUUUUACAGUUUUUUUCCUCCCCACUGUUAAUAACCUUAAUCCUCUUCCAGUAUUUUAGUGGCCUUGAACAACUGGUGUAGCUACAGUGUCAAAUCCUAAGUGUAUAUUAUGUGCAAUGUUCAAUACCUCAUAUAAUACUCGUUCAACAGUAUGGUGGAUCAGUGACGUUGAGGUGGAAUUUUUGUUUUACGUAUUUUUCAAUAAUUUAUCCUUUCCAAUGUUCAAGAUUAUAUCAGGAUUUAAUGUUUUUUAGUUGUUUUAAUAGUAAUAUUUUCAAAAUAAUAAAAUGAUCAAUGAUAUCUCUUGGAAUAUUCUGUAAAUGUAGUUAUAAAGUUCUAUUUUCUACAUAGAUUUUUUAUCUUUUUUCCCUUGGUCUGUUUUAGAAAUCAUAUAUAUGCAUGAAAUAGCAAAUUGUUCAAAGUGUCCAACAUCUAGGCUAAAAACUUCACUGUGCCAAUAAAUGUAAACAGCAAAACUUGGUUUCAAUUAGGAAGAACUAAUUUAUUUACCAUACUGACUAUUAAGUAUCUGUAGGUAACUUAUAAAUAAAAACUUUUUGCCAUUUUUACAUUUUCCCUUAAACUUUUCUUGUAAUCUUUGAGAAUUUUUUUAAAUACACAAGUGCCACCUCUAAGGCUAUUAUUUGCAAUACUAGAUUUAUUCUUGUUUCAAUAACAUGGAUUUGGGCUGGAAACUAUAAUCAGUUUGGUUUAUAUUAUUUUUCCAGAAUAAUUAUAUCUUAGGACUGCGAUUUUUGUGGUAGUGCAAAAUUCAUAAAUAUUAUAGCUACAAUAUCUUACAAAGUUAAGAUUAUACCAAAUAUUUAUAAUUACAUUUCAUUUUCUAAUAAGUUUUACACGUUACUUCACGUGACUCCUUUCAAAAACUUAAUAAAUUAUAUUAGCCCUCAUAGUCUGAUAAGAAAACUGAGUAGAAACAUGAGCUAUUUAAAAUUACAUAGUUGUUUUUUUGGCAACAGAUACAACUACAAUAGGAAGACAUAUUUGAAAUACCUCUCCUGCAUUAGUUGGAGAUUUUCCAAAUACAAAAAAAACCCCAAAAAAUCUGUGAUUAAAUAUAUCUAUAAUAAUUAUAUUAUUUUUUAAAGUCUGUACUUUUAGUUCACGCGAUAUCAGUCAACUGGAUAAAAUGUUAAUCAGCAUUCACUUUGGUCAGCAUAAGUCGCCAAAUAUUGGGACAAAAAUAUAGCUCAUUGAUUAUAGUUUUCUUUUUUUUAUCUUUUGGUGAACGUUGUUUAAACAUGACCUUAACAUACUGAUAAUUUGCUUUAUUUUCCACACAAAUUUAUCUGAUACACUCUGUUGUAACAGGUGGUCGUGUUGCAGAUAAAAUGGUAUCUAUCGAAAUCAAUGGACAUGAUAUUCAGUAAAAUGUUUAUAAAUCUAUGGGAACUAAGUUAUGAAGGAACAGUUUCUGUGCAACUGUAGUACUGCAUUAAAUGCAGUAAAGGGAUUUCUAAAGAAUGUUUACAACAAUAUAUUUAAUUAAAACCUACAAGCUAUUAAAAUUUUUAAGGAAUCUUUUUUUCCAAGAAGUCAGAAACAUAAAAUAGAUUGUUAUUUUCCUCAGUACACCCAAGAGGUAACCACAUAUGCCAAUAUUAAAGGAGUAGGGAAAGUUCAUAUAGUGAGACAUGAAGAUUUCCACCCCUGUUUUUUCCCCUUUAUUAGAAAUCACAGCUGAAUUACUAUUAUUUGACACUAAUUAUAUAGAACAGAAUUCAAUAUAAUUAAACAAAUAUUUAUUGAGCACCUAUUACCUCACAAAGCACUUGCUGAGAAGAAAGGGAGGAAGAGGAGAAUAAGGCCUAGAGGAAUUCACAGCACAAUAAAUAUACUAACAGAGAGAAAUAUGAACCAAUCAGCACGAGAGCAACAUGAAAAAUGAUUACAUGCUAUAGAAGAGAAGCUAAAUACUUCUUAGCUAUAGACAGUAUUUUGCAUUAUUUUUUAUACUAGUUCUCAGAACUUUUACGGUACUUCAGGAUAAUUCUCAUUGUGUUGUUUCACAGCUCUUAACUGUGUUUUGCAGAAAUGUGUACCAUUUAGGAAAUGCAACAUUUAGAAACCACGUAAUUUAAACUUUAUAAUUGGAAUAUAAAUUGGGAUAUAAUUUAUCUUUUAGAAAGUUGUUUGAGAGAUUUAAUCAUAUCAUUAAGUUGCAGGAAGAAUGUUUAAUCUACUUAUAUAGAAGUAUUAGAGAAAAGUAGUUUUCUAGAAUGGUUUUAGCAUACUAUUUGUAUAUUCACAAUGUGUUGAUUUUAAACUGAUCAUAUAUUCUUUAAAGCAAGUUGAACAAUUCUUAUCCUAGGCAAUAAUAUAUUUUUUUCAAAUUAUGAUGUAUAUGUGAACCUUUGAGUACAAAAAUGUUCUUGUAAAAUAUUCUAAAAUUCCAACUUUUAAUUAUGUAAGAGUAACCUUCAAUUCAGUUGCUUUGAGUUGAUAAGGAGGGAUUUUUGUUAAAUAUUUUGUUUAAUGUGGUUUAUAUGCAAGAGAAAUCUAACGAGUAUGUUCAAGUAGCUUUUAAUUUUAUGAAAUUUUAUUUCACUGCUUAGAAAAGGAAGUUUUAAAAGUGUCUUAAAAUAUUAAAAAUAAGCAGUUGGUGAAAAUAUAUGGUAUAAUUUUAAAUGUACUGCCUAUGUGUAAUUGUAUGCAUUUUAUUUUUGAAGUUAGUUUUUAACAAAUGGCCUUACUAGUAGGCACUCUGAUCUUAUCAAGAUUUUCAAUACGUAGCACCCUAAGAGAUUUUAUUUUGAAUAUUUAGUGCUUUUAGGUUAGUGCAUUGAAGAUGUUUCUCUUUGGUAUAUUCCCAGUUCAUGUACCAGGGCACUAUGGGGGAAAAAAAAGACCAAUCCUUCAUUUUGAUCUGAAUAAAUUUUUUGUUUUGUAUUAGUGUUAAAUUAGUUAGAAUAUAGGGAAAGAACAAAAAUUUGAGUCUCUACAAAUGCUGGGCAUUUUACUGAUGUCAUCUAUAACUCUGUGAAGUGCUUUCAGUUCCAAUUUAGCAAUGAAGAGACUGAGGCUGAGUUGGGAUGAGUUUAUAUACCUGGUGGUAGCUAUUAGCUGGAAUUCAAAGCCCUGCCAACCCAUGCCUCAUGGCUCAAAUUAGUCAUUAUCCUUCCUACAUGCUUGAAAACAUAAUGAUUAUCCAUAUGGACCAGUGUCUAUACAUCUGAAUAGACGCUUAGCUCCUGCCUCAUUGCCACUGGGUCAGGUGACAAAAGUGUUGGUUAGUGCAUUCUGGCUUACCACAUAUUCCUUAGCAAGCUUACAUAACAUGGCCUGUAAGAUUCUGAAUACACACACUGUAGAGGUCCAUGAAAAGAAAAAAAACUUUUACAUUAGUGUGCUGUAUAGUGGGUUUUAAGCUAUAACAGGUAAUUGACAGCUUGUCCAGCCAACAAGCCAUGAAAAAUAAGUAAAAGAGAGGAUCACAAAGCUCUUCACCAGUGGACCAAAGAUAAGGUUACAUCUUUGUCCUGCGUGUGGAGGAGACCUAUCAGUCUAGCUGAAAUUUUCCUUUUUCUUAGCGAUGAGGUCAGAGAAAUAUUUCUCUCUUUCUACUUAAAACUAUAUAGACGGACUGCAAAUGCUUAAUUUAUUUGAAGUUACAUUUUCCACUGGCCUGUUGCAUGUAGAUGCUGUUUAAGAUAACUACUCUGACCCAGCCCUGCACAGGUCAGCUUGCUUCUUAUCACACACAUUUUUAUUAUGUCAUGUAAGUAAAUGAGUGAAAUGUUUUAUAGGAAGUAUUACAGUGGAGUUCAGAACAUCUGCCUUGAAUGUACAGUGCGUUUAUUUUCUAAGGUGGUCACUCAGCUACUAUCCUUUUAAACCCUACUAGGUUAACCAUAUUACACUUGCUCUUGCACACUAGUCUGUUCCCACCUUCACAUAACUUAUGACCUACUGGGUAAGAACACUUAUUAUUAGUUUUUUGUUAUUCAGUUUCAUUUAAAAAAGGUUUAUUAUCUGCCAAUUUUCAAGUGCAAAAACAUUUUUCAAAUGGAUUUCUCUUCAAAUGUAGUUUACCUUUUAAAAUAUUGUAUAAUAGCUGUAUAACGUUAUCUUUUAAAAUGCUACCCAUACAUUGCCACAUAGGAACACAUUAGCUAUUUUUCUCUGCUGUAUUUUAGUCCCUUUAUGUUUUGAUAGUCAUUGAAAACAAAGUAGGAGUAUAAAACUAGAAUACAUUAGGACUGAAGCUUAUGACUGUCCGGUUACUUGAAGCAAGAGGAGAAAUUCUGCCUUUGAGUUUCGUAAUUGGCUUUCUGGCCACUAUGGAAUUCAUCAGAUAAUCUUUUAAAAAUACUACGUAAAUUGUUUUUAAUGACCUUGAAUUCAUUCAGCAACAAAGUCUAUUUUCCUAAAGCCAUUCCUCAAGUGAAGAUGUAUUUAAAAUAUGCCAAAUGGAAGCACUUUUUUUCCUUUCUAAUAUUUUACAGUUUAGGAAUAAAAAAGUAAUUGUUUUUUCAGUAAAUACAAGUUAGUAAAGCAUUUACUAAAAAAAGUAACUUUGUGUUAAUUUAGCAGAUAAAUGUUUUCUAUGGUAUGCCUUUAAAAUUAUUCAGUAAAAAUGGAACCAGUAUGUAUUUGACAUGAAAUUUUUAUUCCAUUAUAACAAACACUAACAAAAUGGAUUUUUCUAAAUGAGAAAAUUUAUCUUCUGUGUUUUAAGCAGAACAAAUUUGAAUUUUGCCUCUGAUAAUAAAAUUUUGUUCAGUAAUGUGUAAUUCAUCACUGUCUUAAUUUUCUGACAUGUGCACAUAAGGACAAGGUAAAUAAUACCUUUUGCUUUUUUAUUCUUCUGUUAUCACUGAGAACCCAUUUUUGAAAUUAUAAGUAUACACACUGUAGAGGUCCAUGAAAAGAAAUAAAAAAUUACUUUUGACAUGGACUUCCUCAGAACUAUACAGUGCUGAAGCCAGAAUAAAG